AUGAGUUUAUCAGAUAUUCAAAGAGGUAAAUACCUCAUUGAAGUAGGUCAAACCUAUGAUGAAAGGGGCGACUAUCAGAAAGCAUUACAAUAUUAUACAGAUGGUGUAGAGAAAUUGAUACAUCUUUGCAAAGCAUCAAAAGAAUUAAAAGAAUAUGUUUCAUUGUAUCUUGGUAGAGCUGAAUACUUGAAAGCAACAAUGAUGAAUCAAUUACAACAUAACAACAUCAGUUCAUUCUCUGAUCAUCUUUCUACUUUGUCCUUGGCUGAAGAACAACAACAAAGACUGCAACAACAACAACAACAACAAUCGAUUCCAUUAUAUUCAAGUUUCUUUUGGAAAAGUAGUAACAAGGUGCAUAUUGACCCAGACUAUGGAUACAGUCUAUCCAAAGACGACAAUGGAAGAGAAAUUAUAGACGUUGAUCAUGUUGCACCAAAGACAUCAACAACGACAUCAACAACAACAAAUAAUUCUAGGCCACUUUCAAUAUCACUUACAACUUCACCAACUAGGAAACUAACACAAUCAACUGCGCAUUCAUCAACUGUAAAUCAACAACCUAAAACUAAUAGUGUAAAAUCAACAACAUCAACAUCUAUAUCAUCUCCAUCACGUGUAAAUAAUAAUAAUUCAACUACUAAACCUACAACACCAACAAAGGCAACAACUGUCUCAUCAACACCAAUUUUAUCAAAUACUUUAAAUAAUUCAAGACUUUAUAAAUCUGCACCAACUUUUAAACCUCCUGCUUCUGCCAGUACCAUUCAUAGACCACUGAGUGGUACUACAUCACCGAUACCAGAUAUUAAAGGUGUUGACAAGGCGGCAAUAUCAAUCAUUAUGAAUGAAAUUAUGGAUAUGAAACACCCAGUGACGUGGGAUGAUGUAGUUGGUUUGGAUAAAGUAAAACAAUCAUUAAUCGAGGCUGUAAUAUUACCAGGUCUCAGACCAGAUGUAUUUGUAGGUCUGAGAGCACCACCAAAAGGUCUUUUACUCUUUGGACCACCUGGCAAUGGCAAGACAAUGAUAGCAAAGGCAGUGGCCUUUGAAUCAAAAGCAACUUUUUUCAGUAUAUCAGCAUCAUCUUUGACGAGUAAAUACGUUGGAGAAGGAGAGAAACUGGUACGUGCACUCUUUGGUGUUGCCUCUUAUUAUCAACCAUCGAUUAUCUUUAUCGAUGAAAUCGACUCGCUACUGACUGAACGGUCGUCAGAGGAAUCAGAAGCCACACGAAGACUAAAGACUGAAAUACUUGUACAAUUUGACGGUGUAAAGACAUCGGGUAGCGAAAGAGUGUUGGUGAUGGGCGCAACCAACCGUCCCGAGGAAUUGGACGAAGCUGCACUUAGAAGACUGGUCAAACGUAUCUAUGUAGGAUUGCCAGAGUUGGAGACAAGAAAACAAAUCAUUUCACAUUUGCUUCGAGACCAAAAACACUCCAUCACAGCGUCGCAAUUGACCACGCUUGCCAAAGCAUCCGAUGGAUACAGUGCGUUUGAUCUCAGCGCACUUUGUAAAGAUGCUGCCUAUGAACCAAUCAGAGAACUUGGCAUGGAGAUUAGAGAUUUAAAUACCAGUCAAAUUCGUCCAAUCAAUCUAAAGGAUUUUAAAAAUUCUUUAAAACAAAUUCGUCCCUCUGUAUCUCAACAAAGCUUAGUUGCCUAUGAAGAAUGGAAUUCAAAAUAUGGUACUCUUUAA